CAGAGACAGAGUUAUCGUAUCAUACUUCGUCAGACAUCAUCUGAAGCGAGAAUGCCUGAGCCCGCCAAAGCACCCACUAAAGGCGCCAAGAAAGGCGUCACUAAACCGCCCAAGGGCAACAAGAAGCGGAGGUCCAAGAAGAGGAGGGAGAGCUACGCCAUCUACGUGUACAAGGUGCUGAAGCAGGUCCACCCCGACACCGGCAUCUCCUCCAAGGCCAUGGGCAUCAUGAACUCCUUCGUCAGCGACAUCUUUGAGCGCAUCGCCGGUGAGGCCUCCCGUCUGGCUCACUACAACAAGCGCUCCACCAUCACUUCCAGGGAGAUCCAGACCGCCGUCCGCCUGCUGCUGCCCGGGGAGCUGGCCAAGCACGCCGUGUCUGAGGGCACCAAGGCCGUCACCAAGUACACCAGCUCCAAGUAAACACCUCUGCUCUCACUCAGCGACACAGCUACAACACAAAGGCUCUUUUAAGAGCCACACACUCACACUCUGCAGAGCUUGUCCUCUUCUGUCCAACUCUGAUAUAAAAUUAUAAAUCUAUAUGAUUAUUAGUCAGACAAUAACAGUUUGAUUUUCUUGUAUUUAGCUGUGUAAAAGAGUUCUUUUACUGAACAAUCAUGACACCGAGUUCAAAAAAAUCCAUAAGUCACUCUAAUGGAAAUUUAUUGUUAAUAGUGUAACCACAUCGAUGUUUAGCAUAAAUCUUUUGAGUAAAUAAGGAAACUUAAAGAGGAAAAUUGCUGAUGUGACAGAAACAUGAACAGUGAACCACAGUUAUAAUGAAGAUAAUAAAGUCGUCCUCAAUUAUUGGUGUCAAUAAAUAGACUUGUGUGUGCAGCUGAAUCACUACAAAUACACUCAAUACACAAAUAUCAAUCAAUAGAUAUUAUUUUUGUUUAAUUAUAGUCUCAUGUGUAAACCAUAGAAGUAAAAAAAACAUUAAAUGUGUAAUACCUGUUUUUAAAGUUCUGUAUUAAAUGUGUAUUAAAUAAUCCUGCUGACAUGAAAUAUUAACAUAUUUCAUUAGUGUAGUUUAUUCUCAGUCAAAAUGUGAUGUGAUACAUGUUAUAUAAAUAUACCUCACACUUUGUCUAUAAGGUAAAUCACAUUUUGAUAAUUUGUCAUUAGUUAUCAAACCUGAAUAUUAUACAGACAGACUGAGCCUGGUUUUAACGACUCCACUGAGAUAAUGAUAAACCAGUUAGUGUUGGUGAACUGUAAUUUAUUUUAUGUUUGGAGAGUGUGUGAUUUUUGAUAUUAUAACCUGUGAUGUGUUUAUUCAUUAUAAAAAGGAGAACACAAAGAGAAGCAGCUUCACCCAGCACAUUUAUACCCUGGGACAGUGACGCUGCAGGUUGGUGAGAUGAGGAUGGAAAUAAAAUGUGAAAUGAAUCAAAAUAAAAACACAAUUGACUCC